CAUCAGUAUCCAACUGACAUGGGACUCUUCAGUUAUGCUGUGGCGGCAUGGUUAGUGAGCCAUGCUGUAGCAGGCCCAGUGAGACAGGAUGAUAUAUGUGGAGUCACCAAUGGUCGCAGGCUCUACCUGGAGCAGGGGGAGAGGGGGGUGUUGACUGCCAGAAACAUCUCUACCAGCCUUCGUCAUCAACAGCAGGGAUCCCUGCAGUCCCAUGAGCAGUGUAGUCUAGAGGUUGUCACUUGUCCAUCAUGUGUGAUCGUAGUGAGGUUCCGACACCUCGCCUUGUCCCCUCAGUGUGGCGGAGGUCUGAUGGACGCUCCGUGUCGCUGUGACUACCUCUGGCUAUCCGAGCCUCCCUACGACGAUGUCUCAGGCACUCCGUUCUGUGGCCACUUCCCUCCCUCCUUGUCACCACCUGUGUUUCGCAGCCAGACAAGGACGUUGGUCCUGGCAUUGCUCUUCAGUCAGGCUCACAAACAUGCUUUCACAUUAGAAUACUCUUCAGAAAGGAAUCGACAGCACCUAGUGGGUAAGCCUAGCAGCACAGCUAUGAUGGGAACUGUGAGCAACUCUAGCGUCGGAGGUAUCAUAACGUCCCCAUUCUUCCCCAGCCAGUACCCUCGGGACCUCGGCGCUGAGUACAUCAUCAGCUGUGAGGCAGACGCUGGUGCCAGUUGUAGAGUCAGACUUCUGUUUAACGACUUCCAGCUGGCCGGAGUCUCAAUCAUGGAGUUUUAUGACUGGAAUGGACAAAGGAUCGAGGUAAGCAGUGGAGCUUUAUUUCGUCCACCAGCCAUCAUCACGUCAGGACCUUCGCUGCUGGUCCGCUUCUACGCAAAUGGAGGAUCUUCAAUUGGCUACAAAGCUUCAUAUUCAUUCAUUUCUGGAAACUAUGACGAAAAGGCUGUAGAACCCAUAACAGAUUGUGGUGGAUAUGUUGAGAAUCUUGGUGGAGCAAUAACAAUGAUGAACAUGGUGGAACGAGGUGGUUCAAUCAAAUCUUAUGACUGCAUCUGGCUUAUUCGACCUCCUACUAACUUUUACCAUCUCAAGACACACAUCUACCUCAAAGUCUCAACCUUUCUUGAUAUGGCUGGAAGCACGGAGUUGGUUGUCCGCCAAGGCCUGACGUCUGAAGGGCCGAUCCUGGAGACAGUGAGACACCCUGUUGCACAGCUAGGUCCGGCCCACGCCCGCACACGCAGGGAAAACAUCCUCCCUCUCAAUGUUGGCUUCUACGUCAGUCUUCGGGGAACAUUCAGUUCCGUGUCUCGACUUGCUAUAGUUUACACCGCAUUCACUUACAUGGAUUGCUUUACGGGGUCCGACUAUCUGUGUCAGAAUCACCGUUGCAUCCCUGCGCAGCUACAUUGUGAUGGAUUCGACCACUGCGGAGACAAUAGUGAUGAGCCUGACACCUGCACCAGAGAAUGGGAUGCUGAGCCUGUAGAUCGUAGAUGGUACUCCCAUACACCGAAUUACUACUUCCCCAAGAUGGAACGUUACCCGGACCUAAAGACUGCAACAUUAGUUUUUGUCAUCAGUAGUCUAGGGCUGAUUCUACUCAUAGCUGCCCUGGUGGUUCUCCUGUACCGGAUGGGAGCUAGGGCCAGACAGCAGAGAGAAUUGCAGAACAGGCUGCAGACCAUCAGCGAAUUGCUAGAUGGGGCUCGUAUAGAAGAAGUGGCAGCAGAGGACGAGCCCCCAGUCUAUGAAGCACCACCGGACUAUGAGGAAGUCAUCAAACGGAAAGGUUCUCAGAAGAGAAAAAAGAUAAAGAACCGAAGACCAAGAUCUACUUCAGCACCCAGAACUAGAGGGGAGUCGCUGGCCGCAGUUUCUAUGAAUCAACACAUGGAUGUGACUGUUCCUGCAGCCUCCACCCCUCUCCUUCCCACCACCUCUGUCAACCGCAGCUGUCAAGUCACCCCCUUGCCUGAGUCUCCCCCUCCACCUUACAGCGAGAACCACAUCACCACGCCAGCACACUCCUUGAGACCAGAUGAAACUGUAGAAGUUUUGAACUGGGAAGAGCAAACUCUAAGAGCAUUCUCCAACACUGGACACAGCAAUGUUACGCCUUCCACGAUACUGACCAUUGAAGCUGAGCCCUCUCAGGCUCAUGUGGAUGAACACAGUCUUAUAAGUAUUGACUGUAACUUAUAUGAAAGUAACAACUAUGACAACUCCAUCCCUCCAACAAUCAACAACUCAAAUGUUGCUGUAAGCACAAUUGAUGAGUCGUUGAUUUUCAAGCGCCGUCUGCAUCGUACACCUCGCAAAAGAAAAGGAUUCUCUUUGGACAUAGACACUCUGACGAGACUAUACCCUGAGACGGAAUGUUCCUGUGAAGGAGCCUGUAACUGUCAUCGACCAGUCUCAGCGGACCCUCAGACUAGCAAAACAGAGGACUCCAAUGCACAGCCCGGAGAAAGCGAGAAGAAGGAAGAACAGAAAGCGACACAACUAAAUAAAGUUAUUGAAAUACUGAUGGAAGACAUUAACACCCUGAAACACCAAAUAAGCAAAGAAAAAGAAGAAAAUGCUAGGCUCUCGGAUGUGAUAAUUAAAAAAAUGGAAGUGAUCUUUAAGCUAGAGGAAACCAUCCGGGACAUAUGCCUUGAAGGUGAUUCCAAAAAUUCCAACUCUACCCCAAAAAUGGAAGAAGCACUGGAAACUAAUAAAAAUAAUAGGCCUACAGGCCUACUGAACUUCUCAAACGUCACUAAAGGCCCAGACCCAGUACAAAAAAAAGCUUCAAACAAAAACCCUCAAAACAAAAAGACACAUCCAGAUAAGCCUAUGACCAAGAAUAUACACAAGCCUGAACAAAAACAAAUUGGCCAAAGAAACAGAAAUAGGCCUACAGAAAAUGACGAUACACAGGAGACUGGACCCGACCAAAGGGAAAAAUCUAUAGAACGACCCCUAACCACAAACUCACCUAAAAGCAACAAAAAAACACUUGAAGUACUUCUAUUGGGAGACUCCACACUACGUGCAGCCGCUAGCAUGCUAAAAGCGUCACUGGGACGCACCAUAGACAACAGAGUGAAACCAGGCGCAGUAAUAAAAGACAUUAGCCAACACAUCAGCAGAGCACAAUAUCUUCCUGAAAAAGUGCUGAUAAAUAUAGGCUCAAACAAUGUUGGAACAGCUAAGACACCAAACCAUGUGAUGCGACCAUUAUGGUAUGCUAUAGAAGCAGGGAAAAAAAAAUUCUGUGAAGUAAAAUGGUAUGUAAACGGAAUACUUCCCCGAGCAGAUAUAAGAGACAAGUACAUCCAUAACACAAACGAAGCGCUAAAAUUCAUGUGUCAGCAGUUAGGAGCAACAUACAUAGACACCUCACCAGCAUCCGAAGAAAACUGCUACCAACCAGACGGAAUACAUCCAAACAGACUAGGAGCAUCAACACUGGCGGAAAUUAUUGUGGAAGCCUUGGACUUAAAAACUGAAAACCCAACUCAGGACUCCCUACUGGAAACCUCUACUUCUACAAUAGUAAAUCUCACCAAUGAAGAACACACCCAAGACACACAAAGCCCGACACCUCAAGACCCAAACCCAGACUCAGAAAACACGGACAAUAAUCCAAAAUCCCCAUAG